GGUAUCGGAGGCGAGAUUGCUCCUUUCGGAACUUGUUGGCGCUGGGCUGGUUGUGAAUUACGAGUGCCUGUACCAUGUCGAGCCUCCGAAAGCGGCCUGCACUUCCAGCUGGUAUUAUUGAAACAGGGCCCCAGUUGAUUUGGAUGGAUCUGGCCACACACUCUCGGAGCACGCACUUUUCACGACGUGCGAAAGCAAUUCGGCCUCAACAUGCCCAGUACUUUCCAACAUACAUGCUGAUGAACAGCAGCUCUCUCCACCACCGAGUUUGUGGCACAUGUCACACGAAGCUGGAAUGCAAGGGCAUAUUGACGAAAAAAGCACACGCCUCCACUAGAAGGGCAAAAAAAAAUCCGGAAAAAAGACAAAUCUCACCAAAAACAGAAAGAGUAUCCAAGACAUCGAGCACGUUUCGUUUUUCUUUUCUACGGUUGAAUCUCUUCGAAGUCAGAGGGCGCGAGUUGGCGGCGCUCAUCAAAACGGAGCAUGGAAUCAAGACGGAGGUGAAGCAGAAAGUCACAUAGCUAGAUAGAUCGUCAACUUUGAAGGUCCGAGCUUGGGCUGGCUGGCUGGCUGACGAAACAAUUCAAGUGGUAUGGAG